AACCGCAUUCCCGCCGACGACGCUUUAUCCUGCGACAGUUGCAUGUAAGUGGGGCACUCAUACACGGUCAAUUGGGUUAAGCAAUCGAUGGAUAUGGUGGAGUAGCCGUAGUAGACGACUGUGUCUCGGACGUAACCGCAGAAAUAGCUAUAGAUUGCAUGCAGAUCUCUACGAAUCGGAUCGAAGCGGAUUUGUAAUUAAACAUACUAAUAUAAACCCGUACCACAUCGGAUGGCGCUGAAGUAUUUGCAUCCGACACACAAACACACACAUAACGUGCACUUUAAUUGAGAUCAAUUGUCGGGAGCUUUAAGCAGUUGUAGCUGCAUUCGCCAACCGAUUAGUCAAGCGGAUGACUGAUCCGGCAAGUGAUUGCUAGAGAUCCAGAAUACUAUCUUGUCGUGCGUGUUAAGGCACGCAACAUCUUGCCGCUCCGUGCACAGAUAAUCUGGCACAUUAUCAGCAAAGUGCACAGUUUGCGUGAAGCAGCAACACAGGAACGUGCCAUUUUUAAAGGUUCACCGUGGCCAGAACAGCCAGACUGUGAGUCAUCGUCUCGGCAGACCAACCCGAUCUAUUCAGCUCUUCAGUUGCGGCGUGCCUGGCUUGGUCGUAAAUAGCCACUCGGUGUCGGUGCACAGUGCGGCACCGGGAAUUUCCUUUCGAUUGAACCGUACGUGAAGAGCACCUGCUACCUAGGAGGGGUAUUCCUACAUCUUGACUGUCUAGGAUUACCCGGGUAAGAUCGUAAACGGCCGUGCAGUGCCACUAGAGGCGAAGACCAAUAGUGGGCACUCACUAUCACCGGCACUAUCGUCGGGUAAAGCCCACACAGCGCGAGUGCGAACGAUUGUAUAUUACGGCGGCAAGAAUUUCUAACCCAAACCGGCCGCAAACGACCGGAGCGAGUGAGAAUGACAAAUAUCAAGAGCCGUACCACCACCCAAGGCUAAGCAGCAACAAAACAAAACAAAAAAAAAACGUGUGCAACAAAAUCAAAUCCUUAUCGGCAAAUUCGACGUAGAGUCUCCCCGUGGUCACACAGUAUCGUUUUGACGGGCGCAUCACCCGGUACCGUUGGGGGUGACGGUUCUAUCGGACAAGCCGAUCAGUCUUGAUUGUUCCGGCGAACACGGCGGAUCGGAGCACAGAACAAAGACCACCAGCAAACUUGCAGCAGCGGCGUACGAUGGCGAAAUCAAUUACGGCCAACCCGCAGGGCCAGUUCUCGGUCGAGGAUUACACGGUGUUUACGAUCAUGCUGGGCAUCUCGACGGCGAUCGGUGUGUACUUUGGGUUUUUCCAAAAGAAGAAAAACCAAACCACCGAGGAGUAUCUGCUCGGUGGGCGAAAGAUGAAAACGUUCCCGAUUGCGAUAUCCCUGAUUGCUAGCCAGCUGUCGGGCGUAUCGAUAAUGUCGGUGCCGGCGGAAAUGUACUCGUACGGUGCACAGUACUGGAUCAUCGCACCGACGAUGAUACUGAUCACGAUGAUCAUCAACUACAUCUUCGUGCCAGUGUUCUACAACAAUCACAUCACCAACUGCUACCAAUAUCUGGAGGAUCGGUUCAGUCCGGCGGUGAAAAAGUUCGUCACGUUUACGUACGUGCUGAACAUCUACCUGAUACUGCCCAUCUUCAUCUUCAUACCAGCGCUGGCCUUCUCGCAAGUCACCGGCAUCAACAUCCACCUGAUCAACGGGAUCGUAUGCGGUGUCUGCAUCUUCUACACAAUGCUCGGCGGCAUUAAGGCGGUCGUGUGGACGGAUGUCGUGCAGGGGAUGAUUAUGUUUGUGUCCUGCUUUCUGGUGGUGGUUAUUGGUGUGGCAAAGAUCGGUGGACUGUCCGAGGUGAUUGAUCGUGCUGCUGCUGGUGACCGGUUAGAACUUUUUGACAUGACACUGGACACGACAACGCGCCAAACGUUUUGGACUGCUAGCGUUGGUAACCUCUUCCUGUGGACCGGUUACUUAGGGUUAAGCCAGAGCUGCGUGCAGCGUAUCGUGUCCGUGCCGAGUAUGCGGCACGCACGGGCAGCUUUGUGGAUCUUUUGUGUCGGUUUCAUCAUCAUCAUGACGCUAAACUGCUUUACAGGCAUUGUCAUCUUCGCCAAAUACUUCGAUUGUGACCCGAUAAAGGUUGGGCUGGUGCAGAAGGCUGACAAGUUGCUGCCCUUCUUCGUACAGGACGUCGUCGGUAACUUGAAGGGUAUGCCAGGGGUGUUUAUCUCGUGUGUGUUUAGUGCAGGAUUAAGCACGAUGUCGGCGAACCUCAACUCGCUGGCGGGUUUGAUUUACGAGGAUUACAUUCGACCGUUUAAGCUUUUUAAACACACCGACGAGUCGGCAAACAGAACCAUGAAGCUACUGAUCUUAGUCAGCGGUGUUUACUGCAUUGCAAUGGGAUUGAUCGUGGAACAGUUUGGCCACAUCCUGCAGAUGGUCGUUACGAUCGCGAGCGUUACGCAGGGUGCCGUAAUGGGUAUAUUCUGCCUCGGUAUGCUGUGGCCGUGGGCCAACAAACAUGGCGCCCUGUGGGGUUCCGCUUCGAGCGUGAUCGUGAUGUCUUGGAUCAUUGCUGGUGCACAGAUUGCGAUCAGUAACAAGGCACUGAUCUACCCGCCCAAAACCACCAGCGUCGAAGGGUGCUACGAGUACGGGUUCAAUGUUACGGCAAACGACUUCCCGACGCUUGUGGCACCACAGGAGGAGGCCGAAUUUUCCAUCUACAAAAUGUCCUUCGUCUGGUACUCGACGGUGGGCACAUUUAUGGUGUUUCUGGUCGGCAUUCCCGUUAGCUACUUUACCGGUUCGCAGGAUAUGCGCAACUUCCGACCGAAGCUAAUAUCCCCACUGGUCCAUUGGUUGCUACCGGAGGAGGUGCGACAAAACGAAUUUUCGUUGAAGGCAGAUAAUGGAAAACUUCGCGCAGAACCUAUUAAAGAAUGGACAUUUACAGCGAACGAAACAGAAAAGUAUAAGGAACGGAACGGAAUCAUCGAGCAGACGUUGUAGGGCAAAUUGAGUGACUCUUGCACAGAGUUUCUGACACGUGGUGCAAGUCGGUGGUGCGUGGAGUAGCAAAUGUUUUGUUAAGUUCGUUCGAGUUAAGUUCGAGUUAAGCUCUAUUAUGCAUGUUUACUAAAACAGGAGGAAGGAGCUAUUCUGUAUGUUUAAUGUUUGUAAGACAUUCACGUGUUGUGUGAAUCGUUCAUCUCAUCGAUGUGUAGUAUUAAUUUCGGUCAGUUUUAAAAGCGCCACGUUAAGCUAUGUAUUUGUUUACUGUAGAUGAUGUUUAAUAAAACUGAAAAAGAAAAUAUUAACGGUGGUUAUUUUGCCACUAGAAAUGGGUAA